AUGGAUGCAUAUGAAGCAACAAAGAUUGUUUUUCAAAGGAUCCAAAGUUUGUACCCUGAAAAUGCCUCUAAAAUCAUGGGAAUUCUCCUGUUACAAGACCAUGGUGAGAAAGAAAUGAUCCGCUUGGCUUUUGGCCCUGAGUCUUUGAUACACUCUGUGAUUCUUAAAGCUAGAAAAGAUUUGGGUUUAGCAUCAUCAAAUACUCCUUCAACCCCUUCAAGUCCUCCUUCACCAUUCGGCAACUCUUUAUCUCUCUCAACUUCUUGGGCUAAUUCAAGCUUCUCUGAUUUUCAAACCCAAGAUGAUUUAACCAGUCCUGGUUCUGCACCAGUUGCAUAUAAUGCAACCACUCCAUCUGCUAUGAAUUCUGCUGCGCCUCCUUUUUAUGCAACUGGAGAGGUUGAUCUGAUUGAUGAGCUUCAUUUACAAGACCAGCUCUCUUUCCUCAACGAUGGCUCUCCAUUACUGAUGCCUAAAAGCCCUGAUAUAUUCUACUCACAGCAAGAUUUGGCCUCUAGCCCAAGUGGAAAUGGAGGCGGCGAAGGGUUGCUCUUCCCUUCUUACGGUGGUGCCACCGAUAACUGGGGUGGUGACUCAUUCAGCGGCUUGCCUCACCGCCGCAGCUGCUCAGCGAGUGAUGUCUGUUUGUGCCCUGAUGAUCUUGGUGGAGGGUUCGGAUGGAAACCUUGUCUUUACUUUGCUAGAGGAUACUGCAAGAAUGGCACCAGUUGCAGGUUUGUACAUGGCGAGAAUGGGGCGGAUGAUGCCGCCAUGGUUGGCUCACCGAGUAAGUUUGAGAUGAUGGAGCAGUGCCAACAGCUGCUUAGAUCCAAGUCUAUGCAACAACAAAGACUGGCCGCAGCCUCUCAACUCAUGGCUUCUACUAAUUUCCCAUACUCCCCAGGGGCCACAAAUAGAUGCAUGAAUUUGCUUCUCCAGCAGCAACUGCAAGCUGAGAGUCCAAGAGCCUUUUUGGGUGAUGAUAUGCACAAAUUUAGUCGGUCUCGGCUCGAAAGAGGUGAUUUUGGCAUGAUGAAUCCUGGUUCGAGGCAGAUUUACUUGACAUUUCCUGCUGACAGUACUUUCAAGGAAGAAGAUGUGUCCAAUUAUUUCAGUAUUUACGGGCCAGUUCAAGAUGUGAGGAUUCCGUAUCAGCAGAAACGGAUGUUUGGUUUUGUCACAUUUGUUUAUCCAGAGACUGUAAAGCUCAUUCUUGCAAAAGGAAAUCCCCACUUUGUGUGUGAUGCUCGGGUACUCGUCAAACCAUACAAGGAGAAGGGCAAAAUCCCCGACAAACACAGAAAACAGCCUCAGAUGGAGAGGGGAGAGUACACGGGAUGUAGUAGCCCUACCGGGCUGGAGUCGAAAGAUUCUUAUGAUCUUCAGCUCGGCACGAGGAUGUUCUACGACAAUCCCGACAUGUUAUGGAGAAGAAAAUUAGAGGAGCAAGCAGAUUUGCAGCAGGCAAUUGACCUCCAAAAUAGGAGACUUAUGGGUCUACAACUUCUUGACAUCAAAAGGAAUAGCCACCACCGAACACUCUCUACUGCUGACAUUAUUUCAUCCCCGAUACAGUCUCCGAGUUUUUUCAACCAGAAUGUCAUUCUAUCCGGUGACCACAGCAGCCCGGAAUCUAAAGAAGAAAAUGGUUCAAUUUUGGCAGUGAAAAAUCCAGUAAAUGUUACUGAUACAGAGAAACAAUCUUCUCCUCUCAAGGAUGAAAAUAGCAAAGACACAGAAAAUCCCAACAAAGAAAGUGAUUUGCGAGGAAGUUUGGAGCACAACCUCCCUGAUAGUCCCUUUGCGUCACCGAAAGCUGCCGGAGACUACACGACAGCUUUCUCUAAGGAGACGGGAAAAUCCGAUAAGAUUUCAGUGUCAUCUCCUGCUAACAAUAACUUGAUCAGUCCGUCUUUAUUUCCUGCUAGUUCUUCACUAGACAUGGCUCCAUUCAAAUCGUGUUACUUCCAAGUGCCUAGGUUUGCUUCUGGUCAUGAGGCCAUUGGAAUGUAG